GGCGCCAAUGAGGAGUAUUUUUCGAAUUGUGAGUGUGCUCAAAAGCAUUUGAAUGAAAUCAGGGAACGAAUCAAACAGAUUUUGAGUAGAUUCAUCGAUCUAGAGCACCAACAAGAUGAAAAAACAUUCAUUUGGCUUGGCCUUGACUCACUGAAAAUGGCCACAUUCGAAGUCAAUCUUAAGACGGAAUUCGCCAACGACUUCAACGUACCAUACGGAUGUACGUUUCGAUAUAGAACAGUUUCAAUGUUAACUGAAUACUUCGAAUCACUGAAACAUUUGAAGUCACUCGCAGAUGGUAAUGAGCACAGUGGCAGUGAUUCUAACACAAAGAAAUUUGAUGCGAUUGCGACUGGAAAUGAUAAUGGAUGUAAAUACGAGGAGAACAACAAUUUCAUUGCACUCGAUUUUGAUAAGAUCGAUCGCAAAUUAAGACGACUCAUUCUAAAGGGCGGACUGAUUCCGUUGAGCGCAUCUCAAAGCCGACUCAUAUUCAUGGCGAAGCUUGAACCGGAAAAUGAUGCACAAUUCAUUGAGAAAGUGACUCUUAAACUCACAAAUCCAAACAUCAAACGUCUCGCGACUGCCCUAAAUCAAUUGGUGUCUCAUCAGACUAUCUUGCGAACUAGUUGUACUUCCUCCAGCCAAGUUGUGCUUUCACUUAGUGAAUCGUAUUUUGCUGUACGAGUUAUGGACGACUCACAAUAUCGAAUGAGGAGCAGCGAACAGCUGACUGUGUUUGAUGCAUCUGUUCUUCGAAUCUUACUGCAGAAAACCGAAGCAGGUUUUAUUCUGCACAUAAUUCAGCAUCAUAUCGCNACCGACGGCACUUCAAUUGCAAUUCUUAUGCGAGAACUGAAAAAUGCAUAUGAGGGUGAGAAGAUUGAGAAACUUUCAUUUCAUUAUGCUCAUUUCGCUCUGCUCGAACAGCUUCAAUUAAGUGAUCAAACCUACGUGAAGAAUCGCCAAAAAUUCUGGACUGAGCAGUUCAAGAACUUUGAAACUGAGAAAUUAUUAACAGACAAACCAAGACAAUCAAUGCAAACAUACAACGGAGCUGUUGCCACAUAUCAGCUGAGUGGUUCUGAGCUAGCAAAAGUCAAAGACAUCGCAAGUCAGUUGGAAGUAACCCAGUUUGCAACGCUGUUGUCUAUUUACCAUUUAUUCCUAUGUGUUGUAUGCGAUCGAAGCGAUUAUUGCACUGGAACUGCAAUUAGUCAACGCAAUAAUGCAUAUACUGAAAAGUUAGCCGGGUGUCUGGUCAAUAUUUUACCAAUUCGACUUCAAGUUGAUUCUUCAAAAUCCGUCGGCGAAAUGAUCAUCGAUUCAGCAAAUCUCAUUAAUGAAUGUGUUCAGAAUCAGUUACCAUUUGAGCGCAUUUUGAAUCUGUUAAACUUAACGAGGGAUACAUCUUCAUCACCAUUGUUUCAAAUACUCGUUGUGAUGGAUAAUAUUAUUAACGCAUCUGACCUUCAAAAUGAAUCGUCUCAAUCAGGUGAUCUUUCGCUCCAAGCCGAACUCAUCGAAGAACAAUCGAAAUUUGUGAAGUACGAUCAGAUUUGGUAUUUUCGGUCCAUUGGUGAUUGCUUGACAAUCGAAGUUGAAUAUAAUACGGACCUGUUUUAUAAAAGCAGCGUUGAGAAGACUAUUCGUGAGUUUGUUCAUACUGUAAGAAUAGCUGCUGGUUCACUGCAUGAUUCAAUCAGUUCAAUUGAAUUGCAAACAAAUGAACAGAAGUUGCAGAAUUACACAGAUCGUUUAAAAAAUCGAAACGAUUUUCCUAUGAAUUUAGCUGCAGGAGAUAUAUUUCAGUCUCAAUUAUCCAUGAGUGCUUCCACUAAUUGUGUGGUAUUCAAUCGUCUGCUGUACUCAAGCAUAUUCUUGAAUCGUCGAAGCAAUUGUCUAGCUCAUGUGAUAAAUACUAAAUUUGUCGAGCAUUGGGGUACAAUAUCUCGAUCAGAUACACCCAUUAUUCUGUUGAUGAAUCGCAGUGUAGAGAUGAUUUUGUUCGUAAUGUCACUGUGGAAAUGUGGUUUUACGGUCGUUCCGUUGAGCAUCGAUUGGCCUGAACGAAGGUACCACGAUACAGUCAAAAGCUUGCCAUAUUCAACAAUAAUUACUGCAGACGAUUUCAUUGAGUCAACUCAACUACCUAGCGGCUGUCUUUAUAUAAAUAUUUCAACAGUGCUGAAGGAUAGUACAACGUGCUCAACGAAAGCGAUUCGAACGAAACAGAGUGUGUAUGACAUUGGUUACAUCACCUAUACAUCUGGUUCGACUGGCUUAGGAAAGGGCGUUUUAAGUGAAAUGAUUGGUUUGAAUAAUCUGGCUGCAAAUUACACUCGGUGCUUAGCACUCAACUCCGAAAGCGUUGUCUAUCAGUUAGCGAAUCAUUCGUUUGACAUUUUCUUUGCCGAUCUGGUCGAGGCAUUCACAAAUGGUGCCACACUGCAGUUGGCCAGGAGGCGUGUUCCUGACCCGAAGGAAAUGCAUUCGGUAACGCACGCGUAUGUGAUGCCGGCAUAUUUGUCGCAGCUGGAUGAUACCAAAAUGAAUCAAUUCGAGAAACUAGAGGCAGUUAACUUUGGUGGGGAUUCAAUUGAUACGAACGUUCUGGCGAAUGCAAUCGAUAGGGGAAUUUGCCUUUACCACCAGUACGGUACAACUGAAACGGCUGUUUUAUCAACAAUGCGCAAGAUGCGUUUAUUCGAUACGAACAAUUCAGUCGGUCAUCCAAUGAGAAAUAUUCACUUCACUAUUCGUAACUCCAACAUGAAGCUUAUUCCGCCAACUCGACGUGGAAUCUGCUGCAUUGACGGCGUUGGCGUCAGUGAUCUAUUGGAAUCUGAUGUAAGCGGGCAGUUCAAGUUCUUCGGUAGAGCUGAUCGCCAGGUGAAAAUAAGAGGCCAAAUUGUGGACAUGAAUGAAUUAGAAGCGGCGCUAAGCUCCAUUUCCACUGUCGAGUCAUGCAUCAUAACAAGUCGAAUGCAAAAGAAAUCAUGCAUUUUGAUCGCUCACUGUAUUGUUAAUGAUCAGUACAAAAAUUCGACGAGCGAACAAAUCCAAAACUUACUCAGAGACAUUCUAGUUGAUAAAAUACCCAAUUUUAUGAUUCCAUCGUAUUUUCAUUUCAUUGAUUCAUUUCCACUGACUUCGAAUGGAAAAAUUGAUCGUCAACGAUUGGACGCAGACGUUCCGAUGAUAGAAAACUCCAGAAAAACUGACGAUCAAACACUUCUGCAAAUGACUGAUUCUGAAAAGAAAGUAUGCCAAAUAUUUGGUGAUGUAUUAGAAGUUGACUCAGUUACGCUCAAAGACUCGUUCUUUGCUUUAGGCGGAGAUUCAUUGAAAGCACUUCUUGCAAUAGGACGAAUCGAGGAUGAACUUUCAAUUGAGAUUCCACUUAAAUCCGUUUUCCAUUGCAAAACGUUCCGAGAGAUUCUUGAUUCUCAAAUCAAACGCUGUCAUGAACCCAAAGGGGUUGACAGUGAAUCAUCACAACAACUGAUCCGGUCGGAAGGAAUUUCGGAGAGAUUCUGGCUUGAUGCUAAUGGAAUACCGUUGAGUUUUGCGCAGCAAACACUUUGGUUUGUUGAAAACUACGAGCAGUCAACACCGUUGAGCUAUGUGUUACGUUCUAAGAUACGACUACGAGGCAAAGUGCAUCUGAAAGCACUUAACGCGACCAUCAAUUUCGUUAUGAGACAACAUCAGAUACUGCGUACAAUAUUCGUUGUGAGGCGCGGUUCGGUUUCACAGUUGGUAACAUCACUAACCGAAUCAUACGUUAGCUUAAUCGAGGGAGAUCCUUGCAAUGUGGAUGGGGGAUGCUAUGACCUACAAAAUUCGCCACCACUCAAGAUUUUCAUGCAGCGGCAUCGUAACGGAAUUGACCUUCACCUCUAUCUACAUCACAUUCUAACGGAUGCUCAAACUUAUACAAUUAUCCUCAAACACCUUAUCGAAAUCUAUGAGUGGAUCGUACUUGAUGAUAUCAACACGUCAUUCUCGUCGAUAAGAAGUACUAUCCAACAAUCAUAUGCAUUAUAUAGUUAUCAACAACGUAAGAGCUUCAACAAUCGAAUGGACGGUGAAAUGCAGCAAUGGGUUGAACAGUUGCGGAAUGAGGAAGCCUUAGAGAUUCCGGCGGAUUCCAUUCGUCCAAAAGUCUUUGAGACACGAGGACGGAUUCUGAGGGUUGAUAUCAAUAUCAAACGAGAUGAAAUUGGUGGAUUUUGUAGUCGUUACAAUUGCACUCAGUUCACAUAUCUUCUGGCUGCUUACGCGCUUGUGAUGCGUACAUUGAGUGGUCAACGUAGAUUUGUGAUCGGUACGCCAACUGCUAAUCGUAGCGCGAAGUUUAUGGAUACUGCUGGGUUUUUUGUUAAUUCAGUACCUCUGAUUAUUGAUACGGAAUUUGUGAAUUUGGUUGAAUUCAUUGAAUCACUUAAACAGAUGUUCUCAACUGCCCUUCAGCAUCAACAUGUUCCAUUCGAGCUGAUCGUUGAACGUUUAAAUCCCAUCCGAGAUCCAUCAAGAGCUCCUCUUUUUCAGCACUCAAUCGUUCUUCACACUGAAACUAACUACAAAUUCACCAAACUGAAAGAGUUGACGAUAGAUAUGGAGGACAUUGAUAGCGAAGAAGCAAAAUAUGAUCAAACAUGGUUUUUUGAAUUAGGCGACUCUAAACUAAAACUCAAAUUAGAUUACUGUAGUGCUCUGUUCAGUCGAUCAACGGUUGAAACCUACAUCAAAAUGUUCAUUGCAGUUGCCAAAAGUUUACUACGUGCAACAAGUUUCGACGAAAUUAAUUACGUAAUAGAAUCUGAACUAAUCAAAGAAAUCCGCAAAAAUCAUCGCUGUGAUACACCUCGAAUAACACUGAGUCGCAUCUUCGAAGCACAGUCCCAUCGGUCACCUACGAAUGAGAUGUUAAUGUGGUUUGAAGGUGAUCAUAACAGGUCCAUAACAUUUGAAGAAGCGCAUAAAUUUGUUUUUUAUCUCGCUGGUCGGAUGCAACAAGAAGCGAUUUGUCAGUUUGGUGCUCCGCUCACUUCAGAUGACUGCUUAUCGAUUCUAUCUUCAGAAAAUUUUCUUUCCGUACUCUCCAUAUUCGCUGUCCAGUUGAGCGGUUGCUGCUAUUGUCCAAUUGAUUCAACUAAUCCGUCGAAACGCGUUGAUUUUAUCAGACAUGAUAGCAGAUCAAAACUCAUCUUGAUCUGUGAUGAAACAUAUCCUAGUGUACGGGAGAAGUUGGUUGUAAACGUUGUGGAAGAGUUGCGAAAGUGGCGUCGAAUUGGGAACAAUCAUAAAAUGCGUGGAAAGUUCAACAGAACAAAUAUAUCGGAUUUGGCAUAUAUCAUUUACACUUCUGGUAGUACAGGUCAGCCGAAAGGUGUUUGCGUGGAACAUCGAAGCCUGGUGAAUGUUCUUGAACAUACAACAAGAUUCUACUGUAUAAAGGAGUCGCAGAGAUUCUAUCAGUUCACAAAAUUAUCGUUUGAUGCGAGUUUAGCUAAUACAUUUGGUUCAACGCUGAACGGUGCGACUUUAUGUUUACGAGACGAGAAUAUGAACCCAUUUGAAGAUAUUUGUCGCAGUUUACCUCUCGAUGUUCUUCACAUGACUCCUAUCGUACUUAAGCAAUUCUCUGACGCAGAAAUAACUGAACUGAAGCCGAAAUUAGCAUUAUGGAGUGUUGGAGGUGAGCAGUUACUCGACCUUGAUGCAAAUAAAGUGAUUGAGAAGGGUAUACCAAUGAUACAAGUUUAUGGACCAACCGAAGCCACCGUAUUCCAGACAACAAUCAAAAUGAAAAUGAACACUCCACAAUCGAGUAAUAUUGGUCCAACAAUCAGUAAUAUGUUUGGUUAUGUGGUUGGUGAUCAAGAACAGCUUUUGCCUUCUGGUGUUAGGGGAGAAUUCUACAUGGUUGGAGAGAAUAUAGCUCGAGAUUAUAUGAAUGCUGAUCGAAUUGAGGGAGUGAACUUUACAAGUAAUAAACUUCAAACGAGAGAUGAAAAUGCCAAAGGUACAAACUCAAGAGCUUAUAGAAGUGGUGACAUUGCUAUGCGAUUACCAUCAUCCGAGAUGAUAUAUUGCGGCAGAAGAGAUACGCAAAUCAAGUUGAAAGGUUACCGAGUGGAACUUGGUGAAAUUGAGGCAGCUGUCAGCUGCCUUGAUGGUGUAAGGUCAUGUGUGACGAUAGCGAAAAACGACCGAUUGGUUUCUUUCUAUACGGGUGAAUGUCGAUUGAGUGAGCACGAGCAGCUUGAGCAAUUGAGUGAAGUGCUACCACAUUAUAUGAUUCCAUCUAAACUCAUUCGUCUUCAACAAUUUCCGUUGACUCAAAAUUCCAAAAUUGAUCGCAAAGCAUUAGAAAGUUAUUGUGGUCAAGAAGACGGAGUUGAUCUUAGGAUAUUACAAAAGAACGAUGAUAUCCAGGAUAUACUAAGGCGAAUAUGGAGUGAAGCUCUCAAAAAAGACAAUAUUAACGUUCAGGACAAUUUUUUUGCAUUAGGUGGUCAUUCCUUGAUGGCUACCGAAAUUUGCUUCAGAAUUCAAGAAACAUUACAGAUGAAAUGCCCGACUCGUUUCAUUUUCGAGAAUCAAACAAUUGAAAAACUAGCGAAAUAUUUGAGCGCUGAAGCUGUAACUGAUUGUGCGAGAGAACAACAUUCACCAGAGUCACACGUCGAAAAUCUAGCUGGACUGAAGCAUAUCAGUAUCGGUCCAGGUAAACAAAAUCCUCGUAAUGAAAGAGAAACGUCAAAGGAACAAACUUUCGCUGAUGUUGGAAACAGCAGAGAUAGCAGUACGGGAAAACCGCGGACAUCAGAUCGAAAAAGCAACUCAAAAAGAUCGAAUAUUUUGAUGCCGUUGAGGUGUUGUGAUUUACAGAACCCCAUCUUGCACAUAUAUUAUAACAACCCAGAGGGCUUGUAUCUUCGUGCAUAUGAGACCGGAUUCCGCAUUCGUUUGAAUAGUAUCGAGGUGCCAUUACUGCAGAUGUGUUUGAAUAGAAUUCUAAUGCGGCACGAUGCAUUAAGAACUUCAUUCUAUUGUGAUUCGAAGGAAUAUUUUCAAGAGAUUCAUUCUGCGUCUGAGUGCUACUUAGCGAUUCGAUACAGCGAUCCAAGUGGAUCGAAUCUUUUUGUCCCGUCGCCUUUCAAAUCUAUCCCAGUUCUAAGUUUCUUGGAAAAAACUAAUGGUUCUGUAGAAUUCAUUUUAAAAAUGAGUCACUUGAUCACAGAUGGACGUUCCAUGCAAGUGAUCGCACAAGAACUGCACACGGCAUAUUUCAAGAGGAGACUGCUGCCGAAAAAUAAGGCGACGUAUGCAGGUUUCACAGAGAUGUAUUCUGAAAAGAUUGAACAACUCAAAGAGACGAACGAAGUGCACUGGCGAAAUAUUGCAGCGUCAAUAGACGGCUCCCUUCUAGAAACUGAUAAACCAAGAAAAAGCGUCUCACGAAAGAACGAAUGUUCCGACUUCGCAACAAUGCUAACAGCAUUUGCUGUGGUAAUGUCACGUCGUUUCCCAGAACGAUCCAAAUUUGUGAUCGGUUGCCCCGUGGAUAUGCGUGAAAAUCCACUCGAAAAUAGCGUUGGAUUUCAUUUACAUCAAUAG